AUGAAGACUUCAAUAUUGCUCACAUUUCUGCUAAUAGGUAUGGAAUUCAUAAAGACUAAAAAAUUUGUUUUGCUUACGUUAAGGCCUAAACUAAAUGUUAGGUUUAUGCUUACGUUUCCGUUUAGGCUUAGCUUACACUGAGCCUUAGAAUUGCUUUUAAUGGCUCAGCUUAGGCUUAGCUUAGGCUUAGCUUAGGCUUAGCUUAGGCUUAGCUUAGGCUUAGCUUAGGCUUAGCUUAGGCUUAGCUUAGGCUUAGCUUAGGCUUAGCUUAGGCUUAACCUUGGCUUAUCAGCAGAGUAAAGCUAAGGCUCAGACGUGAACUUCUGUUAUAGUUGACUGAAGCUUAGUUUAGGCUCAGCUUAGUCUUAAUUUCUAGCUUAAUUUGAGGUUAGACUUAGCUUAGGCUUAAGAUCUUAAGAGUUAGAUAUAACAAUAAAAUUUAUUUUUGUUUGGUUGUUUUAGGACUGUGUCAAGCCAUAACACAAGAAUCGUUGGAAGAAGAAGAAUCUCUUCAUACGAAACGAGGCUACAACGUAUGUUAUUUUGACUCAAACACCUCAAUAACACGUAUUUUACAAUAAAAACUAUUUUUUCAGUUUCAAAAUCCAAUUCCAUCAACACCCCACUCUCCAUGGAUUAGUGGUCCUUCCGACAAAAAGUACCAAUUUCACAUUGGGCAACAGUCUUGGUUAGCAGCUAGAGAGAUAUGUCUCACCAACAAUGCUGACUUGGUGACUAUUUCAAACCAAGAUGAGCUGGACUGGAUCAUCAGUCAUUAUAAGCCACAGUCAAAACAUAUCAAGGAUAGACAAGUUCAGGUAGGGGGUUUGAUACCUUUUUCAAUUUUACUUAUUUGGUUUAUAGGUUAGUAAAUUUGGCCAAAUUUUAUAAUUUUCCAUUUUUGGUUGUCUAAAGAUUUUAAAAUUUAUAUUGUUUUAGAUUGGCCUAUACGCUGAUGUUGUUGAAGACGAGCUGACUCGUGAAUGGAGAUGGGUUAAUGGUGACUAUGUUAACAAUUCUGCUUUGUAAGUACAUUUUAUAUUUUGUAGGUUAGGAUUAAACUAUGAUAUAAUGGGCUAGGUUAACCUAAGCUGGACUUUUCUUAACUGGUCUUAGCUAGGCAGGGCUAUGUUGGGCGGGCUUGGCUUGGGUUGCUUUGUUUGGGCUGGCUCUAAGCUGGGCUGGAGUAGGCUGGGCUUGAACUCGCUUGCCUUGGCUAAUCUCGGCUUGCCUUGGGCUAAGUUUUAAUUGGCUGAAUGUAGUUUGGCUGGGCUUGGCUGGGGUUCUGAGCUAAAACUCUGGGCUAGGGCUCUGGGCUAGGGCUCUAGGCUAGGGCUCUGGGCUAGGGCUCAAGGCUAGGGCUCUGGGCUAGGGCUCUGGGCUAGGGCUCUGGGCUAGGGCUCAAGGCUAGGGCUCUGGGCUAGGGCUCUAGGCUAGGGCUCUGGGCUAGGGCUCUGGGCUAGGACUCUGGGCUAGGACUCUGGGCUAGGGCUGUGGGCUAGGGCUGUGGGCUAGGGCUGUGGGCUGGGGCUGUGGGCUAGGGCUGUGGGCUAGAGCUCUGGGCUAGAGCUCUGGGCUAAGGCUCUGGGUUAAGGCUUUGGGCUAGGGCUCUGGGCUAGGGCUCUGGGCUAGGGCUCUGGGCUAGGGCUCUGGGCUAGGGCUCUGGGCUAGGGCUCUGGGCUAGGGCUCUGGGAUAGGGCUCUGGGCUAGGACUCUGGGCUAAGGCUCUGGGCUAGGGCUGUGGUCUAGGGCUGUGGGCUAGGGCUGUGGGCUGGGGCUGUGGGCUAGGGCUGUGGGCUAGGGCUGUGGGCUAGGGAUUUGGGCUAGAGCUAUAUUGGCUAAGGCUGUGGGCUAGGCCCUCGGGCUAAGGCUGUGGACUAGGGCUCUGGGCUAAGGCACUGGGCUAAGGCUCUGGGCUAGCGGUUUAUUUUGUUUUAAUCGAUUAUAUCCUUUAGAUCCUGGGUCUCCGGAGAGCCAUUUGAUCACUCGAACGGUCGGGAACGUUGUGGUCUCUUAAACAUCAACACGAAAACGUUGGACGACGUUGACUGUGAACUAGGUGGGAAUCCAGUUCGCUUCUACAGAUUCAUCUGUCAACGUACUCUAAGUCAACAUAUUAAGCAUGAAGAGCUGAAUAACCCACUAUGGAAGAAACUUGAAGAUAUAUUGGUGUUCUUUGGUAUUAGUGACAGAACGACGGCUAAGAACGACACAAAAUCUCACGAAGAUUUGAAACCAACGCCAUUGGAAGAAGAGGAGGAAGAAGAUGAAAAGCUGACGAGAGUUACACCUACAGCUGAGCCUACUACGCCUACGGUUAAGUCUACUGAAAGUCCAAAAGAAGUGAAGUUAGAGCCAAUCAAGCCUGAAGAAACGUUGAAGAAGGAUGAUAUUGUUAGUGAAAGUGAUAAAAAGAUAAUCAAGGUAGGGUUUUUAAUUUUGAUAUGCCAUAUUUAAGUGAACUAAGCUUAAGCCUAAUAUUGCUAAGCUCGCUAAGCCAAACUUGUAAAUCUUAAGCGUACACUCAGUCAGCCUAACCCGUUUAUUAUAAUUAAGCCUAAAAAAAUUUUAAGUCUAACAAAUCUAGGCUUGCUGAGCAAAUUCUACUAAGCCUAAGUCUACUAAGCCUAAGCCGACUUAUCCUAAGUCUACUAAGCCUAGCCUAUUAAGCCUAAGCCUACUAAGCUUAAGCUUACUAAGCCUAAGCCUACUGAGCAGAGUAUACACCUAUAAAUAAGGCAACACCAAAGAAAUAGAAAAAUUAUUGCGCUGUUACCUAAUGUAUUGAUAUAACAAAACAACUUUAGGUAAAUUGCAAGAAACCGUAUUAUGCAACUUUUUCUUAUGUAAUGUUAUUACUUUUUGUAAUAUUUGCCUCGGUGUAAAACGACCCAACAAAUGACUGCGAGUGCUGGGAUUUGCUCCGUAUUUCUGCGAGCGGUCAUUACUUAGUGGUUAAAAAAAAUUUUGAUACGAUUGAACUGGCUUUUCAUUUACCAUAUCCUUAACCGCAAAAUUUUAAAUAGAACUAAGCCUAAGUUUUUCUAGUCGGUUAAGUCUAAGAAUAUUAGGUUUAAACAUACGAAGCAGAAACUUACUAAAGUUAAGCCUACUAAGCCUAAACCUACUAAACCUAAGCUUAAUAAGCUUAAACCUACUUAGCCUAAGCCUACUAAGCCUAAGCGUACUAUGCCUAAGUCUACUUAGUUUAACUUUACUAAGCUUACUAAUCUAAAGCCUUUUAGUCUAAAACUAAAAGUUAUAAACCUAAUUCGCUAAAGCUUGCUAAGCUUAUACAUAAUAAGUGAAAGACUAUUAAGCCUAAGCCAGCUAAGCUUAUUAUAUGUAAGCCUACAAAAUAUAAUUUUCACUUUCUUCAGCCCCACUCCCAAGCCUUCGGAACCAAAAUUGUUGAAGUAGUGCCAACAAAAGAAGAUUCAGACCUUCUACCAUCCUCCAACUUUGAACCAUUGCAAGAUUCAGCAAAAGUGGAAUCAGAAACCCUAUCACCAGUAAGAACAACUCGUGCCGACCCAUUGGCUCACUUGGCCGAUACCUUGGAGAAUGUCAGUUUUGAUGGUGCUGAUGAUGACAAAAUGAAAAAUUUGGAGAGAAUCAUCUCGGCCGUUCACAAAAUGGUCGAUGACGAAAGUGACAAGGUGGGUAGGGUAAGAGCGAAUGGAAAACGGAUUGUUUUUGGUCCUGUUGCGGCGGAUUUUAAGCGGAAUGCCACUUUGAAUGUUGAGUCUGUUUCUUCGAAGUCUGAGGUUGAAAAUGCGGAUUCUGAAGCUUCUAAAUCUCACCAUCAAAGUCUAAAUUCAAGUUUAUCAAAGUCUGAUUUUGAAACUUUGAAACCCACUUUUGAAGCUUCAAACCCAGUUUCCGAAGGUUCAAGCUCUGAUUCUUCAGCUCAAGAUUCUGAUUUAUUAGCUUUGGCUUCUGAUAACUUUGAAAAUAGUCCUUCAAACCCCGAAUCUGAAGUCCAUUAUCAUCAUAUUUUCAAAACUUCUUCUGAAUCCUUAAACGAAAACAUGUCAAACGGCCCAAUCUUUGAUAAAAAUUCAAAUUCUAGGUCUUUCACCAACCCUAGACCAAUCUUUCUUAGCCGAAAUCCUAAUUCUCAUCUCUCAAACUCCAACUCAAGACCUUCAAACUCUAAUUCAAGACCCCAUUUUUUCGAUAUAAACACAGAAAUGUCGUCUUCUGAGUAUGAUAUCCCAAAUCCUGGUGAACUUUUUAGCAAGUUAUUUGAUGGGCUCUUCAGUAGAAUUAGGCCACAGCUAUUUGAUAAGCCAGAUAGUAGGGAUAGUAGAUGGCUUAGUCAUAGACAUAGGAAUAGAAAGCUUGAAAAUGAUGGUGCUAACUUCAAUAGUAAUGGUAAUAGUCAUGGUGAUAGUAGCAAAAAUAGAGAAAAUGGUCCUUCAGAAGAUAAAAAAGAGGCUGUAACGACUAAAAAUGGUCCUAAUGGUCCUAGUGGCCCUAAAACGAAAGAUAACCAAAUAGAUGAAAAGCAGCGUAUAUAUGGAUCUAAAAAUCAGAAGUUGAACCCAAUUGCACCUUCUGACACUUCAGAAUCGAAUUUCGAAUCUUCUGGUCAAGAAAUUGAGAUUCCUAUCACAGUAUUCAAUAAAGAACACAAAGACGAUGAAGUAGAAUAUAAAGGAGAUAAAGGAGAUGAUGAAGAGUCUGGAGAACAUGAAGAAAAGAAAGAAGGAGAUAAAGAACAAAAAGAAAAGGAUGAAGAAAAUGAAGAACAUAAAGAAGAAAAAGUGAAACAAGAAGAACAUAAAGAAGAAAAAGCAAAUCAAGAAAAACGAAAAGAACAACACAAACAACAAAAAGAAAACAAGGCCCAACAUAAACUAAACCAAGAACAAUUUACUGAAGAAAAUAUAGAAAUAAACGAAGAACCAAGAACCACCACCCCAAAAAUAGAGCCUCACUGGGUAGUCAGAAAGACCUUUUACGCUCAACCAUACCAAAAACGAAAAAUAAAAGUGUCAGAGCCACACAGAAACCCGGAAAGACACACUUUACCAGAAUCUUUCGAAUUCGACCAAGAUGAGCCAGAAAUGAGAGUUCUGAAAAGGCUAGGGGGACUUUACAGUAACUUGUUUGGAAUGAUUAAUCAUGAAAUUAAUGACUUUGGGGGUAUGUUUGAUUAGUUAAGUUUGGGAAGUUGAAGGCAUGGGAGGGUAGAGUGAUUGUUCAAAUAAAAACGCGAAAAAAAAUUGGGCGGGGUAAAAAAAAUUAAAUUAUUUUGGGGGUAAAAUUUAAAAAAAAUAUUUUUAUUUCUUGAAACUAUUUAAACACAUCUAUUUAAAAAUUUAUUUUUUUUUAUUUUUAUAUUAUCAUUAGUCUAUAUAAUAAUAUAUAUUCUUAAAUAUUAUAGCUAUAAUAAUACCUUGUCUAUUAGUCAUUAAUUUUGAAGGUUGAGAUUAUCAUUUUAAAUUAUUAUCAAUAAAUAUGUUAAUAAUAUCUAAUUGGCAUUUAAUUUUUGUGUAUUUUCAGGCUAACAGCACUGAAAUUCCACCAGAAAAAGUACAAUACGUAGAGUCAAAACAAAAAACUGAAAUUGAACAGAAUGUUGUCGAGAGUAAUGGUACGUUAGUAGAGAGUAAAAUUCAAAAAAGAUUUAAAAUUUUAAGGAGUAUAUUAAGAUAGAAGUCAGGGCUAGGGCUAACACUAGGGUAAGGCAAAGGAUUACAAGAGGGAACCAAAGUUAAGGUUAGGGACAGACCAAGGGUAGGGCAAAGGUAAGUCAAGGGUAAGGUUAGGGUCAAAGCUAGAGACAAGCUCUGAGUUAGAACUCUGGGCUAGAAACUAGGGAUAGGGCUAGGGCUAGGACUAGGGCUAGAGAAGCUGGGGCUGGAAGCUAGGGCUAGAAGCCAGGUUUACCUUUUUUGGGGUAAACCUCCCCCUAGCUCUAGGCUAAGGCUCUGAACUAGGACUCUGGGGUACGGCUCCGGGCCAGGACUCUGGACUAGGACUCUGGGCUAGGGCUCUAGGCUAGGGCUCCGGGCUAGGGCUCUGGGCUAGGGCUCUGGGCUAGGGCUCUGGGCUAGGGUUCUGGGAUAGUGAUCUGGGUUAAGGCUGACCCUAGGGCUAGAUAUGAACUUAUCUUUAUUUCCUAAUAAUAUGUCUUCAGACGUCACUCAAGCGGAGCAAGUUCAAAUCGCUUUGAACAUUGACGAUGACUUCCGGCAAGCUCAAAAAGAGCAAAAAGCUCAUCCAGGAGUAAACAGUGGUGAUUUACUAAUUAUUCCUAAAACCUCAGCAGAAGAGCUGAUUGGUUGUGGUGCCAAAAACCUUGGUGGUACUAAGCCACCAGCUGUUACCACUACUACCGCGUCGCCUCAAGAUUUAGCAGAGAAAAACAAAAAGAUCGACCAAGUUUUGGAAAAUUUGCGAAAGGUUUUGAAUAACAGUGAUAGUACUUUGUUGAAUAGUUUGAUUGAGAACAAUGGUUCUUCGGAAGGCUUGGCUAAAGAGCUGGUUAAAGCUGCCAUGGUUUCAAGGGAUGAACGAGGUAUGAAUGUUAGACACUAAUUGUUGAGUGGUAGGGUAGGGUAGGGUAGGGUAGGGUAGGGUAGGGUAGGGUAGGGUAGGGUAGGGUAGGCUAGGGUAGGGUAGGGUAGGGUAGGGUAGGGUAGGGUAGGGUAGGGUAGAGUAGGGUAGGGUAGGCUAGGGUAGGGUAGGGUAGGGUAGGGUAGGGUAGGGUAGGGUAGGGUAGGGUAGGGUAGGGUAGGGUAGGGUAGGGUAGGCUAGGGUAGGGUAGGGUAGGGUAGGGUAGGGUAGGGUAGGGUAGGGUAGGGUAGGGUAGGGUAGGGUAGGGUAGGGUAGGGUAGGGUAGAGUAGGGUAAAUUUAGUACCAAAACCUCAAGCUAAUAUUACUACCAAAUCCUACCAAUUUUCAGCUCAACCCGAAAACCUAGCUCCUUCAGCCGAAGAACUAGAAUCUCUUCGUCAAAAAAUUGAGCCCGACGUCUUAAAAAGCAUUGAAGAUCUAGGUCGUACUGAAGACAAAGAAUUUCAAAGUAUGGAAACUCCGGAUCAUGACCUCGAGGCCAUUGGCUCAGGCUUAGAGCCUCCAUCAGAGAAACUAGUACUACUUACUCCGUUGGCUUUAACUGCUCAUCAACAGAUUGUGACUGAGAAGAAGAAUGAUGACAAUGCUGAUAUCGUCAGUGGGUAUACUAAUGAGGAGAAAGAGGAUACAAGUUUAGAAGGUAAAGCAAGGGAAGGCGAGAAAGAAGAUAACAAGAAUGAGGAAGACAAGAAGAAUGAAAAGAAGUUGUUUGUGCUGUCAUCAAAUGAAAAUUUAGAGGCUUUGACUGAAAAUGACGAGCUUUUGCCAAAGGUAAGAGAUGACUUUUUUUGGUUAUUGUGCGACGGGUAGGUAAAAAAACAACUAUUAAAUUUUUUUUAUUACAUUACCCUAGCUUACCCUACCCUGCUCUAUCUCUAAAGAUGUUUAAUAUAGAGUAAAUCUGAAGUCUUUACAGAGUAACGAAACACCAUCCUUCUCGAUAGCUACUAGUACUGUGAUUCCGGAAAGCGAAGAAGAUUUGCCUGAAAUCAAGUCAACCACAGGAACUGAGGUUCAAAUCGGAAAGUCGGCUGUUAAGGUAAGCUAAAAGUUUAUUCAACAAGUGGGCGUAUUUUGCAAAGACAGGGCAAAGGCAGGGCAAAGGCAGGGCAAAGACAUGACAAAGGCAGAGCAAAGCAGACAUUUUUUCAUUUUCUAAUUGUUGUAACUCUUUUGUCAGUAACCAUAUAUUGCCAAAACUGUAACACAAGAUACUUCAUUUUAUGCUUUACAACACGUAUUAGUUUAAAUUUGUAUUUUACAAAGUUUAAAAUUUUUAUUUUUUCAGCUUCCACCACGAAAAUCCCUCUUCCCAGACCUUGACUUCAGCCUCUUAAAAAACAAAAAGCUGGUAAAAGAAGCGGCCGAAAGUGAUAAGAAGCAAAAGAAGCAAGCAGAUGAAGCCUACCAAGCUCUAAAGCGACUGGAUCAAAACUCUUUGGCCGCCAGAAUUGCGGCUUCUGAAGCGGAACGGAAGAAGUUGGAGCAGAAGCCAAACCUAAUGAAACAGCCGGUUACUGUAAAGAAAGUUCAGCAACAGCCAUCGUUGAUCAAGAGUAAGAGCACUGACGAUAUUACGAAGCAACUGGAGAGGAUGUUUUACGACUGGAGCAAUGGUGCUUUUGGGGUUCUAAAUGGGUAG